GGUGAAAUCCCCGUGGCUUCAUUGGCUCCUUGAUUUAAACCACGCCCGGUUUUCUGCCCGCUGUGCUGCCGCGGGGCCAGGCGGCCCGGCCACCUCCAGCCCCGCGCUAUUGUGUGGAUGCCGCGCGUGUCCUCUCUUCUUUGCAGCGAUGGCUAACCGGGGCCCGAGCUACGGCUUAAGCCGAGAGGUGCAGGAGAAGAUCGAGCAGAAGUACGACGCGGACCUGGAGAACAAGCUGGUGGACUGGAUCAUCCUGCAGUGCGCCGAGGACAUCGAGCACCCGCCCCCCGGCAGGGCCCAUUUUCAGCAGUGGUUGAUGGACGGGACGGUCCUGUGCAAGCUGAUAAACAGUUUAUACCCACCUGGACAAGAGCCCAUUGCCAAGAUCUCUGAGUCCAAGAUGGCUUUUAAGCAGAUGGAGCAGAUCUCCCAGUUCCUAAAAGCUGCAGAGACCUACGGUGUCAGGACCACUGACAUUUUUCAAACAGUGGAUUUAUGGGAAGGGAAGGACAUGGCAGCUGUGCAGAGGACCCUGAUGGCUCUAGGCAGCGUUGCAGUCACCAAGGAUGACGGCUGCUACCGGGGAGAGCCAUCCUGGUUUCACAGGAAAGCCCAGCAGAAUCGGAGAGGAUUUUCAGAGGAGCAGCUUCGCCAAGGACAGAAUGUGAUAGGCCUGCAGAUGGGCAGCAACAAGGGCGCCUCCCAGGCGGGCAUGACGGGGUACGGGAUGCCCAGGCAGAUCCUGUGAGACGCUGCAUCCGUCCCCAGUAGGGAGGACGGAUGUUCCACACCACGGGCCUCUAUGACAAAGAAAUCGUUAGUCACCUUCUGACCUUUCUCAAAGCCUCCUGUCCCUGGUUUUUGCAAGUGCUGCAUUUCCGCUGAGAACCCGCGUUGCCUACUGCUGCCACCUCCUGUUCAUUUAGAACUAUGCAAAGACUCCGCUUCCUCCCCCUCAGCUCCUUCUUUGCCCUCAAGUCUCCGUUUGUCUGAUUAUUUAUUUAUUUAUUUCCCCAAAUUUUCCCUUCUCCACUUACAGAACACACCAAAUAAACAAAUUAGUCUUAUGUCUUAAA